GGACUCGGUGACUAGGAAGUGCGUCGGUAACUAAGGAGAACUGGAGCACAUUAGAUCCGUGGGGACGGAGCAAAGGCGAAGUCAACUUAUCGACUGGAUUGAUCAAAGAACAAGUGAGGGCGACGCACCUCACCUCCGACAGGGUCCAUGGCUCUGCCCGCCCUCUCGGCCUGUAUACCCGGCCGGACCCGGGUGCACGCCAAACAGAUGAUCCGGCGCCGCGAGCAGGAGGCCCGGUGGCGGCAGCAGUGGGACAUGCACGCUCGCUACUUCAAAGAGCAGAGUGUGUGCAGCCAGAGACAGGAGGCGUGGAGCUCCAGCCGCUGCUACCAGCAGAGUAUGUCAUCAUACCACAAGCAGAGACUGAAGGAGGACAAAAAGGCCAGCCUGGAGCUGCGCAGGAAUCGGCUAAGGGCCAUGCUCCAAGAGGAAAAAGAGCAGCUGGAAGCAGAGCUCAGGAAAGUGGUACAUGACAAGACCACAUUGCCAAGUUACUUAGUGAAAAAAACUGAAGAGCUUCGUACAGCAAGAGAGGAGAGAAGAAAAAAGCUUGCACAAGAGCUGUUGAGGGAGCACUGGAAGAAAAACAACCCAGAGUUGCGAGAGGCCGAGUCAACAUUACAUAAAGAUCAUGUUGUCCGCCAAUGGCAGGAGCAGAUAUCUGAGAAGCAACAGCAAGAAGUAGCAGAGCAGGAGGAGAAGAGGUACUUCGAAAACGAGUAUGAAAGGACCCGAAAAGAAGCUCUGGAGCGGAUUAAGCAAGACAAGGAGAAAAGGAAAGCAGAGGAGCGCAAGAGAGCAGAAGGACUUUGCAAACAGAUGGAAGAACUGAGGCUGAGGGAAGAAGAGGCCACUCGUCUGAAGAGGGAGCACGAGGCUCUACUGGUCCAGCAGUGGCAGUUGGAGAAGAUAGAGGACGAGAGAAGGAAGGUGGAGGAAAGGCAAAAGAAGUCUGAGAUGGGCUUUUUCUUGAUCCGUCAAUAUCGAGCUCAGUUGAAGAGAAGAGCCCAGCAAGUGCAGGAGUCACUGGAGGCCGACCGGAAGAUCCUGGCAGCCUUGCUGGAGGGAGAGCAGGACGACAGGAGGCUGGAGAAUGCACAAAAGGAAAGGGCUAUCGCUGAUGCUGCCUGGAUGAAACAAGUGAUUGAAGAGCAACUUCAGUUGGAGCAAGAACGGGAGGCUGAGUUUGAUCGUUUACACCGAGAAGAAGCUCAGCGUGUGUGGGAGAAACGAGAGGCGCAGUGGGAGAAGGAGAAGAAAGCCAGAGAACGGCUCAUGCACGAGGUACUUGCGGGGAGACAGCAUCAGCUGGAGCAGAAGAUGCACGAGAACCAAGAAGCUCAGGGGGAGUCCCUGAGGAGAAGGGAAGUGUUGAUCCAGGAGCUGGAGCUGGAGAGCAAGAUCAGACAGCGCGAGAAAGAGCAAGAACAGGGUCGUAGGACAGCACGGAGACAAGACUUAAAUGCUCAGGUGGAGCAGCAGCGACAAGAGCACUGGGAGGAGCAGUGCCGGAGAGAGCAGGAUGAGGAAAAGGAAAGGGAGGCCCUUCGAAUCCAAGAGGAGGAGCUGAAGCAGGAGAAACAGGGGAUAGCUAAUAAAGGGUACCAGGCCAAGGUUUACAACAGACCUCGAUCCGCCUGGACAUGAGCAACCUGCACGACUGGAGUCAAAACAGAAUUGUAAAAUGAAAAAAAAUUUAUUGAGGUAAUUGACCUCAAAGAAUUGGUUUACGUAUUUCCAAGUGCAUUUUUAAACAAAACUCACAUGCCAAUUUGAAAACCUGAGCAGUUAUAGAUCGCCUUAAUUGUGCCUCCUGUCCACAUUGGCCCCUAAGAGAGAGAUUCCUUGCUGAGGUACAGUGGAGGUAAAGUGGUUCAAAGAGAUAUUUUAUUGUAAAAAGAUUGUGAUUUCUGGUAGCCCCAUAAUAUUGUUGGUUCCACUUUUUUACACAUUUUUGAACAGAUGCAAGACUGUUAGAUUUGUUUCCCCAUAUCUUACAUUGGAAUUUCAAAAUUCACAAAUCGAUCAUUUAAUGUCUUUUAAAGAAGUGAAGUAUCCAUGUAAGUUAUGAGGCCAUGUAUUUUAUGUAGAUUUUAAAAUUUCAAUGCUGGUUGUUUGCAUAUGUAGAGAAGAACAAAAGGAUGGUUUUGUUUUUUGCACUUUUGAAGCUGUUCGAGGAAUAUAUAUUUUAUAUCCUGAAUUGUCUUUUAAACUUUUGAUAAAUAAAAGUCGCUAAAAUGUUCCAAUCAAA